CCUUUGUUCGUGAACUCGCCGAGUCGGCGUGUUUGUACAACACAAAAACAAAGACUCUGUUCCCAUUGUCUAUUGUUGUCUUGGAUGCAUACGAGGACAGAUAAAAGGCAGGCCAAUUCCAAUAUGCCACUCACCAUCAUCAGCAUUAUUCUCUACUGUAUUCGAGUCUAUUGUAAGUCUAUUACACCUGGAAACACAUAGUCAUAAUGCCGUCAGCUCAACAGCAAGAUCUCGCCGGAAUGAAGACCGAGCAACCCGCGAACACUAAAAACGUCGUGGGCAAGUCUCAAGAAAAGCCCUCUACAGGCAACGGAAAUCCUCAGGAACCUCCAAAGCCGGGUGAGGAAGAAAAGGAACCCCCUCGGGACUCACUCACAGGUCGAACACUGGCCGACGAUGGCGGAUGCUGUCUAAGAUGUACCGAAAAGGGGCUACGAUGCACCCUUAUGUUCCUCGGAAUCGGUGGAGAGGACAAAUGUUCGGCCUGCCGUCGCAACAAAGCCAAGUACUGUUUCCGCCUGCAGGCACCGUCGCGCCGAAUUGGUUGGAGAGGUCCGCCUUGGAAGAACCCGAACUUCUUCACCAUCGGUGAGCAGCCUACCCGCGAGGAAAUGGAGCAGAUUCUUCGAGACCACUACCUAGGCGAGGAGACUUGGCGCCAUGGCAUGUACAUCAACGAGGCGGAGCGCAACUCGCUUGCUCUCCCUCCUUACAAUGGCACCGACAGACCACUUGACGAGAGACCGGAGAACUGGAAGUCUGUGAAUUGGCAGCAUGUUCUUCCAACUUGGGAGAAUCGCAGUCUUAAGCCUCGUCCGUUUAACACGGGAGAGGGGGAGUUCGAUGAUGGUAUUCCGAUUGAUCAUGGAUUCCUUGUUGAUGGUACGCUUGAGUACAUGCGCGCCCGUAGGGGAUAUGAGCCCAGGACUGAGCAUUUGAGUGAAUAUAUGGAUCUUGGAGAGACGUGGUGAUGGUGAUAAGAUGAUGAGAUGAAAAUUGGAAUUAAAAAAAAAGGAGUUGUUAGAGGAUAGAGGAUGAGUUAUUGUUUUAUGUUAUUGUUUCUUGUUAGGAGUACAUAGUCACUGCAUCACCAGUCUUUAAUCCAAACCCCGUCAUAUCACAGAUAGAUAUUUCAAUUUCUCAAUACAAUCCUUGUUAUAUGUAAUUGUUAAAGCCGUCUGGCUUCAAUGCAUUUGUUCAAUCGAGUCGGAACAAGGUGUCUUUGUUAGUGCACGAUGUAAUGAAUUGAGGAUAUGAUGUCAUAACCCAAAUCCAUCCAUACAACUACCUAGGUACCUACUUAGGUACAUAUAUAGGUAACAACCUAAAAAAAUACAUCACUAUCGUCUCGCACCUUCCAAAGGUUAAAAAACAC